AAUAUGGCGUCGUAAUGUUUACGUGUUGGUGUUUAGCAGAAGAUUGAAAUUUUGUGUCAAGAAUUCAAAAAAAUGCCAUCCUGUUCUAUAAAAUCUUGUCGAAAUUGGAAUGGAAACACGACGAAGAAAGGAAUAAAAUUUUACAGAUUUCCUGCAGAUGCGAGAAUUGCUGAGAUUUGGAUAAAAGCUUGCGAAAAUGAAAAAAUUAACCUCAAAAAUGCUCGUAUCUGUUCCAUUCUCUUUGCUGAAGUUUGUUUUGAGCGAAAGCCAAACCAUUUAAUAGUACCAGGAGAUACAAACACUGUUCGACUGUCCAAAACUGCUAUUCCAACUCUAAAUUUACACAACGAUGACAGUGCAAGUUUCUUACAAAAAUAUCUUAGAUGUGGAAGAAAACGAAAAGUACUGCAAGACUGUAUCAAUGAACCUCUGUUGAAGAAGUCAACAAAUAAUUCGAAAAGUUUUACACUAGCCAACCCUGUGAAUGACAAAGAAAAUGUUGGCUGUGCUGUUCAAGAUAAUUUUGAAAAACAAACUGACAGUAUUGUAAGCUUUACUUCAGAAGAACCAGCACUAGAGGACCAGUGCUUGACGGAGUUACAAUCGCAUGAGCAAACACAUAAUUGUGAAGUGACACGCUUACAAGAAGAAAAUACAAACCUUCAAGCAGGCAAUAAUGGAUUAAAAUUAGUGAACAAUUUUUUAAAAACACAAAACAAUGAUUUGAAAAUUCAAAAUGAAGAGUUAGAAAAUAGAUGCACUGCCUUAGAUAUGGAAAAUAAAACAAUGAAUAAAGAAAUAAAUAAACUAAACAAGAAAUUACGUUUACAACAAAAAGCUGAACAACAAGCUGUAAAGAAAAAAAUAUACGAGAUUCUCACUCCUGUUUUUACAAUGGGACAAAUAAAAAAGCUAUUGCAUCCGACGCAGAAACGUGUGAAAUGGAGCAUUGCUGAUAUUUCCUCAGCAAUAGCCCUAAGAAGUGUCUCGCCAAAAGGUUACAGGUAUUUAAGGAAAAAAAAUUUUCCCUUACCUGCUUUAUCUACUCUCAGAAAGCGAGCUUCCAGUAUAGAUAUGAGUCCAGGAAUCCUACAAUCAGUAUUGUCUGUCAUGAAAACUAAUGGUGAAGGUGAACCAACCGUUGAUUAGGAUUGCAGAAAGAUCAGCAAAAGCAAUUAAAUUUUAUUCAUAAAACCAUGUUUCACGAGAUGUUUCAUGGUGUU